GCUCCUUCCCUCCCUGACUCUUCUCUCUUGCUCUUCAAGCUCGGCUUUCGUGCAGGCAGAAGCCACCGCAGCGCCCGCCCACCGGGCAUGCUCAGUGCUCAAGCGGAUUGUGACGACCGCGCGGUGCGCGGGUCCCUUUAAAUCGGACCGGCCAGUUGCCAGGCAACGGCGCGACCCGCGCUGGCGCUGCAGUGCAGAGGCUCUGCUCCGGGCCGGCCAGGCAGGGUCGCGGUGGCCAGCACCGAACCCAGGUCAUCUGCCCGCCGCUGGAGGCCGUCUUCGGGGAAGAGGGACCAGGGCCCACUGGACCCCACCCAUGCCAUCAGUUCAAUCUGGAGCAGAACGGUCGCAACCAACGGAAGACCUUGGACUUCAGGAACUGGCAGAUACAUCACUGAUGCUUCUGGAUGGUGACUAAUAGGAUAACAAAGUCAGAGAGGACUAUUUCAAGAGAAAGCAGAGGAUGCUCCAAUGGCAAAUAUUGGAAUUGGAAGAGGUGCCUGAAGAAAUGGAUGCUAGGAGAAAACACUGGAAGGAGAAUAAGUUUGCUCCUCUUUUCAGUGCCCAGGAUACUCUAGACGAAGCUGCUCAGCUUGAAUCUUCUUCUGAACAAAUGGCUUUAGAUAAGAUCAAGAGAAUGGAAAUAAUAUUUAAUUUGUCUAGUAGAAAGUUUCUAAAAGAAAAGAAAUUUAAAAGGAAAGAAUUUAUUUCCCAACCAAAUGAAAAUGAGCGAGAAUCAAAUUUAAUAGACAGAAAGAUAAACAUUUCAAAGACUGAGGCAGACACAAAUUCUGUCUCCUGUGAGUCAUCUAAUUUGGACACUGCAACUGAAGAAAGCUUUAAUAGCACAGAGCUUCCUACCUGGGUUAUAAAGGAGUUAUCAACUCCACCACAAAAAGACAAGAAAAAGAAAUUCACUGAAAGAAUGUCUCCAAAACUUCGCCUGAAUCUUUUGAAUGAAGAGCUGGAAGUCCUUGAUAUGAAAUGCAAAAAAAUUGAAGAGGAAUUUGAAAGUGCAGAAAAAGAACUUUUGAACUCCAAAAAAGAAGUCUCCACAAAACUCCUAAAUUUUCAAGAAGAAGGGGUGGAAACCUCCAAGACAGACUGGGAGCUUCAAGCUUUAAGAAAUGACCUCUCUGAAAAAGCAACAAAUGUUAAAAACUUAACUGAAGAGCUCCAGCAAGCCAAAGAGGUCAUCCACAAGUUGAGCCUUGAGAACAAGGAUUUAAAAGAAGCUGUUAGGAAGUUAAAGCGGCAGACUGAGGUUGAAAAUGCAUUCCUAAAAGAAGAAAUAAAAUUGUAUUAUGAAUUAGAAAUGGAAAAGAUCCGUGGAGAGCUCAAUGCCAUCAAGAAUGAACUGAGAACAGAGAAGACCCUACAAGCAAGAAAUAACAGAGCCCUGGAGUUGCUUAGGAAACACUUUGCUUCUGUAACACCAUCAGGUACCUCUGACAACUUUAUGGGGGAUUUUUUUUAAAAC